AAAAUGAAUUGCGAACCACACCCAAAAAAGCCUAUGAAAGACUUUAAGGGGGCCAGACUGUGGCUAUUGGCAGUAGAAAAGGUCCUGACAUCAGUGGGCCUAGACCAGGGGCGGACUGACCAUUUGGAAACUCGGGCACUGCCCGAGGGCCUGGGGUCAGUAGGGGGCCCCAUGAGAUGCCCCUGGUACCUUUUUCAUAGGCUUUUUUGAGUUUGGGCAAGGACACAGGGGCCCCAUGAUCCCCUAUUGCCUGGGGGCCCCAUGAGUUGUCAGUCCG